AUGGUCCAUUUGGUGACAAACGUGGAGUCGACGGACCACUCGUACGAAGUGGUGAUGAGAGGACACCAAACCAAUGAUAACUACUUCGAGUACUUUGUCACUCGCGAUGACUACAAUGGCAUGAACUAUGCCAUCGAUGGCAGUGACAGACAAUUGCCAGACGUUUACUAUGAUAGCGAUGAGGACAGCCGUGACAUCCAUAACAGGCGGCACCGGAAGCGCUCGAACGACGUGUCCAUCGGCGGUGACAAUCAACUGAUGCCCUCGUCGUCGGCCACUCGUAAGGCAGACAACGACCCGUUGACACCAGUGGUGACCAAACACGUGGUAACCAACGAGUCCUCGGCCGCGGAACGGACCCCAUAUCACGUGGAUUGCAAUGGACUCCGAUUAGGCCAAUACCGGUGCCAUAAACUGGAUGUCGAUCCCGAGACACAACAGCCGCGCACCUGUAAUAAGAAGAACAAGGCGUACGUGAACUGCACGCUCACGAGUGGACUGGUAUGUCAGGACACCGGGAGUGAGAACUUCUCGAUGCCAGUGGACUGUCGCCACACGAAUGGCUACUCGUAUGAGACGGCACUCCUGUUGUCGAUAUUCUUAGGGAUGUUCGGCGCCGACCGUUUCUACUUGGGUUACCCGGCCUUAGGUCUACUCAAGUUCUGUACGCUGGGGUUCCUCUUCUUGGGACAGUUGGUCGACAUCAUACUGAUUGCGCUGCAGAUCGUAGGCCCGGCCGACGGCUCCCAUUAUGUGAUCAAAUACUUCGGCCCGAAGUUAGACAUCGUGUCGUUCAAUGAGAACACAGACAUUAUAUACGAAAACAAUUGGUACAUGAAUUGA